AUGAAGUUUUCCAUUCCCAUGCCUGGUGGUGGUACCGGGUUGGCCCUCUUCUCCAAACUUAUUCGCACGAAAGAUCUGCGCAAGCUGCAAGAGGAGGAUCCCAACAGUACAAAGCCCAAGCUAACCAAAUGUCUAACCACACUCGAUCUGACCUCGCUGGGUGUGGGCUCUUGUUGUGGUACCGGCAUGUACCUGGUGGCCGGUAUGGUUGCGCGAAACAUCGCCGGACCGGGAGUAGUGCUUAGUUUUUUCAUAGCAGCCGUAGCUAGUAUAUUUUCAGGCGCCUGCUAUGCUGAGUUCGGUGUACGAGUGCCACACACGUCCGGAUCCGCGUACAUGUAUUCUUAUGUUUCCGUGGGAGAGUUCGUAGCGUUUGUUAUAGGAUGGAAUAUGAUAUUAGAAUAUCUAAUUGGUACGAGCGCGUGUGCCUGCGCCCUUAGUGCUAGCUUCGAUUCGCUAUCGGGCGGCUUCAUAGGUAGAAGCAUAGCAGCAUCAGUGGGGACCAUAUUCGGGCGGCCACCGGAUUUCAUCGCAUUCGGCAUUACGCUCGUAAUGACUUUCAUACUGGCGCUCGGUGCUAGCAAGUCGGUGCUCUUCAACAACGUACUCAACACGGUGAAUCUUGCAUCGUGGGUAUUUAUACUAACCGCAGGCUUGUUUUACGUCGACACCAACACCUGGACCGAGCACGAAGGUUUUCUGCCGUUUGGCUGGAGCGGGGUAUUUACUGGAGCGGCCACCUGCUUCUAUGCCUUCAUCGGGUUCGAUAUCAUAGCGACGACCGGUGAGGAGGCUCACAAUCCACAGAAAAGCAUCCCAAAAGCAAUCGUAGGUUCGCUAGUGAUUGUCCUGAUUGUGUACGUUACUAGCAGCUUCAUUCUUACGUUAGUUGUUCCUUACGAUCACAUCGAUACCGGGUCUGCGUUGGUACAAAUGUGGACCUACGUUGGAGCGCCCAAGUGUCGAGCGUUGGUCGCAAUCGGUGCCACGGCUGGACUCAGCGUUGCCAUGUUUGGUUCCAUGUUUCCAAUGCCGCGUGUAAUUUACGCCAUGGCCCAAGAUGGUUUGGUGUUCCGGCAGCUUUCGCAGCUUUGGGCAAAAACGGGAGUUCCUGGAAUAGCGACAAUCGGCAGUGGCAUAGCGGCAUCUCUAGUGGCCCUUACCGUGCAGCUCGAAGUUCUGGUUGAAAUGAUGUCGAUUGGAACGUUACUAGCGUACACACUCGUAUCGACCUGUGUCUUGAUCCUGCGCUAUCAACCCCAUAGUACCUCGCUGGUUGAUCUACUGCCUGCGCAGCUUCGUACACCACAGCCACCGAGUACUCCGGACCCUACCACCCAGCAGCGUGUGGUCAAAGCGAACGUUAUGGUAAAGAAAAUUAUGCGAGGGUCACCCGACUCGGACGAUAGUUAUGGUGAGGAUAGCCCCGAAGAGUAUAUGGGUCGUGACGAUCAGUUCCUGGUGUCGGAUCGUACGGAGAACAAAUUUUACGGUGCAGUACACGGAGCAUCACAAGGCGGUGAUGAUACCUUCACGAUAUGGGGAUGCGAUUAUAUUGGACGCAAGAUUCAGCAAUAUGCCUACCUUUGUCCUGGGUUUUUCCCCUGGAUUAGACCCGGCCCAGCCACUCACGAAUCAGGAAUGUACGUAACGAAGCUUGUGGGGCUAAUGUAUGUGUGCAUAUUUCUGCUAGACCUCUUUAUGGCGAUUGGUCUGAUGGGGACGUUCUUUUCGCUGGCGUACACCGUACUGGUGCUGAGCAUUAUUUGGAUUCUGCUCGUUAUCUCACGACAGCCUCAGAACCGAUAUGCAUUAUCGUUCCUCACGCCUGGACUUCCAUUCAUUCCCACGAUCGCAAUCACGGUAAACAUUUACCUAAUAUUCAAGCUCAGUAUUCUCACACUGGUACGCUUUACCGUGUGGAUGACGCUCGGAUUAAUCAUGUACUUCUACUACGGCAUCACGCACAGCUCGCUAGAGAAUCCGAGCGAGGAGUUUGAACUAACCGUCGAUAAUAAUGGUUCGGCCGCUCCCGGUCUCAAACUAGAUGUUCCUUCCGCUACCAAGACAAAGCCUAGCAAACGUCAGCACGCCGAACCGGUGUGGGAUCGCCACGGUUACGAGAACCGUAUGGCCACGAAUGACGAAGGCGAGUAUCAGUGGUCCACAACGAACCAGCAGCCUAACAACACCAAUCCAUACAACUGGAACUCCAACGAUACGUGGGGUGAUCGGACCAUCUACGAUCCUCCACCACAAUCAACGAACAUUUUCCAACCUCCGCCAUCAUCCACGGUUCCCGCGACAUCUGCCCGACCGACGUCUGAGGUUAAAAAGGAUGGCUUCGGUAUGUUCUACAACGAGUCCGCGAGCUACCCAACCUGGGACGACUAAAGUAAGCCGGGACGUGCCGUCGCAAUCAUUCCACUUGUACAUAAUGCACGCUGGAACCGUUCGAGGC